AUGCAUUUUACAAAGUUCCUCCUUGUUGUCCAAGCAGCUGCGACAGCUAUCGCCCUGGCACUCGAACCACGUGGACCCGGAGAUAUUCAACUUACCAGAGAGGAACAUGAAGCCAUUUUCAAUGGUUCUCCAUCAGACUGGACAGAAGACCCCAAUUUCAAGCCAGACGUCCCUGAACAACAGCGCCCUGCAACUGCCAAUGACCUCUCCCAAGCGUUACAAUCAGUUCACGAUUGUCGCGAGAGAACAGGCAUUCAACGCGACGUAAAAGUCCGAGCUGAUAUCCCGUUUGAGACAGACGACGGCCCCAAUCAAGUCCUCAGAGUGACCUGGUCAAAUGCCUUAAAUGUCGACCGUUUUGACCCCUUACCUAUUGUCACUGUCCCCGGCAACGCUGCUUCAACGACAAUUACUGCAAUCCACGACUUUUGCCUCAUGAACCCCACCACUUCACCUCCUACAAGAUGUUUAUAUCAACUGCGGCAACCCUUCACCCUAGGUUUCGACCGCACAAGAAUGCAUAACAACAUCUACCUCACCCCACCUAACCCACAGCGUCCAACCAUGCACGAAGUUUGUAUACGGGCCGACGAAUGCCCAGCAGGAAGAGUAUUCCUGGAAUGUUCUACAAGGACAUAUGGGGCAAUCCCACGAGGGGAGUAG